AAAUAUCAGGACAAUGACAGAGUGACAGCUCUGCUGCUGUGAUCGUAUGCACAUGUACGAGUUCUGCUCCUUCUGCAAUAUUUUGGACUAUUCCGCUUGUUUUAUGGGAAUUAAAUUUUCCUGUUUUUUCAAGGACAGACCUGGAUUGCAUUUUUUCUUCAUUUAAUUUUCCUGGACAGUGAUAGCACAUGAUCCUCCUCGCUGCUCUUCUCCUGCUUCACCCAUCUCUUUCUUAAUUUGAGUCCUUGUUUUCUUCCUCCGUUCUCUCCUUCCUCAGUCACCCCUCCCUCCGUGCUUCUGAAGCGCUCACACGCACGCACACGAGCUCACGCACACACACACACACACACACACGCACACACACACACACACUCCUCCCCCAUCGCCGCAGUGUGCCCCGACUGCCUUGAAGCUAACGAAAGGGGGAACGGCGCAAAGGCAGUAUCUCGCACACACACACACACACACACACACACACACACACACACACACACACAUAGACACACACGCACACACACACAGGGACACGCAUACACACGCACGCUCAGGCACGCACACUCACCGCCAAAGAGAGACAGAGGGAUGAGGAUGUCGCUGUACCAGUACUGAGCAAGGACUGCACACUCCGUCUGUGAACCUUGCAAAUGUGUGUCGACAUAUCCCCAGAGAUGGACGGAGGCCACUGAAACACAGAUCAUGGGAUGCCGUCAGAGCUCGGAGGAGAAGGAGGCGGCCCGGCGCUCCCGCCGCAUCGACCGGCACCUGCGCUCGGAGAGCCAGCGGCAGCGGCGCGAGAUCAAGCUGCUCCUGCUUGGCACCAGCAACUCGGGCAAAAGCACCAUCGUCAAGCAGAUGAAGAUCAUCCACAGCGGGGGCUUCAACCUGGAGGCCUGCAAGGAGUACAAGCCGCUCAUCCUGUACAACGCCAUCGACUCGCUCACGCGCAUCAUCCGCGCUAUGACCACGCUGAAGAUCGACUUUCACAACCCAGACAGAGCCUAUGACGCCGUCCAGCUGUUCGCCUUGACAGGGCCGGCCGAGAGCAAAGGCGAGAUCACACCGGACCUGCUUGGAGUCAUGAAGCGGCUCUGGGCGGACUCUGGUGUUCAGGAGUGUUUCUGCCGCUCUAAUGAGUACCACUUGGAGGAUAAUGCCCCUUAUUAUCUCAAUGACCUGGACCGCAUCUCGGCCGCGCAGUACAUACCCACAGUGGAAGACAUCCUGCGCUCCCGCGAUAUGACCACCGGAAUUGUGGAGAAUAAGUUCACCUUCAAGGAGCUGACAUUCAAGAUGGUUGAUGUUGGAGGGCAGCGCUCAGAAAGAAAGAAGUGGAUUCACUGCUUUGAGGGGGUGACGGCCAUCAUUUUCUGUGUGGAGCUCAGUGGCUAUGACCUCAGGCUCUACGAGGACAACCAAACGAGCCGGAUGGCCGAAAGCCUACGUCUGUUUGACUCCAUCUGCAACAACAACUGGUUCAUCAACACUUCGCUCAUCCUGUUCCUCAACAAGAAGGAUUUGCUGGCUGAGAAGAUCAAACGUAUCCCACUCACCCUCUGCUUUCCAGAGUACAAGGGCCAGAACACAUAUGAGGAGGCCGCAGUUUACAUCCAGCGUCAGUUCGAGGACCUCAACCGCAACAAGGAGACCAAGGAAAUCUACUCCCACUUUACCUGCGCCACGGACACCAGCAACAUUCAGUUUGUCUUUGAUGCUGUAACAGACGUCAUAAUACAGAACAAUCUCAAGUACAUCGGGCUGUGCUAGGAUGGGAAUUGGGGGGGGGGGCAUGCAAGCAGUGUGGCUGCAUGGGACAGUCACAAGGGGCUGCCACAUUACAGAGAGGUGACGAAGCUCCUGGAAUUUACUAAAGCAUUCAAUGGGCAAGGCACAGAAAGAAAGCUUGAGAGAAUGAAGGAUCUCCCAGAAAGCAUUGCACUGAACACAUUAAUUUCCUGACCCGUAUAUACAUACUCAAAAGAAGAAUAUUUAUGUUUAAACAACGGCAAUCAUUUAACUGAUAAUGUGAGUGUGUCUAUGCCCUCCUCCUCCUCUAUCCUGUGUCUGUGUUGCUUUCGUUUACCCGUUUCCUUUGUCUUAAGGCUAUCGCCUCUGCCCAAUUUGUUCAAUGCUGCUUUUGUGUUUCUUUUCAAAACCAUAAAAAGUCAACAAGGCAGGUCUACUUCCCAGGACUGAAGCCUGAAGAUGACUUACUCAAAACCACCCAGGGUUUAUUUCAUAAGGAGCUUGAAGUAACAGAAUAUCUGGGGAUGGGAGGCUCACCUGGAUGAGCCUUACAAUAUUCAUAUACCCAAUUCCAUGUCAAAGAUUGUUAUACACAAAAAGAAAAAAAAUCGGAAAUACCUGGCUCAUUAAAAGAACAGUGCCAAAAAAAAGAAAAGAAAAAAAAGAAUUUGUUGAAAGUUUUAAUAUUUGAUUUUUCUAUUGACUGAUCCUGCAUGACAUCUAGAUCUGUAUGUUUGUUGCAUAGUUAAUAAAAUAUGCCCCCUAGGAACAUCACAGGUACAUCAAAGCCAAACAUUGCAUUCGUUGCCUGAAAGUGUUUUUAAAUUAUGUCAGGAUCGAAAAUAUUUCCUUCAAUUCCAACAGUGCAAGUGCACCGUCGACCUAAGGACAGAGACAGCUGACAGGUCUGUCGUUCCGAAAUGAGCAUCGAGAUGAUGCACAACAGGGGCAUGUGGGUUAAAACAGACACCACAAAAAUCAACGCAGAAUCGAAAAGAAAAACAGGGGCUUCUUUCCCCCCCCUUGCAUCAUGAAGUGAAUAAUAGAUGUGACAUGUACAUAAAAUAUGACUAAAGCACAGUCAUUAAUAAAACAGCAGACAGACUGAUUAAAGAGAGAGACCUGUACUUCUCUCCUUUUCACCUGCUGUUCAAAAAAGCAUGAUGUGCAAGAACUCAGUUAAGGGCUUGAAGCUUUAUUUUACAAGAUAGCCACUUAAAAAAAAUAUUUAAAAAUAUAUGAAAAUACUAUUAACGAACCAAAUGCUGCAGACGUCGUUUUUGCCAGAGAUGUUCUUUCGUGAAGUGGUGUUUGAGGGGUACAGGUAACAUAAAAUAUGAGAUCAUUGUGUUUUACAGUAUGUCUUUAUUUUUUUUGUAUGUGCGUGUAUAUAUAUAUAAUUUUUUUUGAUUAACAUGGGCCACAAAGAUUGUUCAAAGGUAUAAUAACAGGCGUUGAGAUAUUUACCUUUAGCAAGUUAACAGCGUGUCACUGCUCAUUUCUCAAAUGUAAAACACAGUUGUUAACUGUUCAUAAACCAGUUAUAUAUCAUAUCCAGCCACCCAUAAAAUGAUUGGAUCGGUGUUUUCUAUACACACCACUGUAUGCAAGAGCUAAUACACAGAAAAACAUUUUUCUUUCCACAAUAUUCUUAUAGUGCUCUUACAGAUCUUUUCUGGCCUCUACGUUUUUUUUUACCAGUGGGUAUUUUGUGAUGAAUAUGCAUCCUAACUGAUUUGAUGAUCAUUAAGACAGUCUUCAAAACCAUCUAAGAUGUCAUCACCAACAGCUGAUGCAACCUUAGAAUAAUUGACAGCCAUAUGUAGGUGACUGCAUUUUCCGAGUUGACUGUUGGAGGUUACAUGUGGGUUAUACUGGUCUUUUCUAUUUUUUUGUUUUCUUCUUCCCGACUCGGGCUUUGUUUUUGCAGGUUGACCCCUUAAUGUCCGCAAUCAUUACUGCUUCAUUGGAAGUUAUUGAGAAUGUGACCAAAAUGCCAAAACACUGUAUUAUACAUAUUAAGGGGCACAAAUAAAGAGAGAGAGAAAAAAAACCUUUAUGUUCUACAUUAAUUAAAAUGGCACGUGCGGCUGUGCAGAUGGGAAAAUGCCUGGCCAGCGGAGGGUGCUCACACAGACCCGUACACAGAAAGGUUAAGCUU